UACUCCUCUCUUUCCGUAGCACGGGAUUAAACGUAGCAAUAUGGCGAGUUACUUGUAAAGCACGUUGGAAUAGUGAAAAAAAUAAACUUUCAAAAAACGUUUUCAUUACAAGUAACAACUCGGUUGUAGUCAUGUCGGGUAGGCAUAACAACAAGUUGCCUACAAAUCUUCCACAGUUGCAGAAUUUAAUCAAAAGAGAUCCCCAGUCUUAUACAGAAGAGUUCCUGCAGCAGUAUCGGCACUACCAGUCCAAUGUUCAGAUCUUCAAGCUUAAACCCGAUAAGCCAAAUAAGGAGUUGGCUGAACUGGUUAUGUUCUUGGCCCAGGUUGCACAUUGCUAUUCAGAGCAACUGGCCAAUUUCCCCCAGGAAUUAAAAGAACUGCUUCUGUGUCACCACACUGUCCUGGAGCAUGACCUGAGAAUGACCUUCUGCAAGGCCCUCAUCCUGCUGCGAAACAAGGACCUCAUCAGCCCGACAGGCCUGCUUGAGCUCUUCUUUGAGCUUCUGCGAUGCCACGACAAGCUCCUUCGCAAGACUCUGUACACCCACAUUGUGUCCGACAUCAAGAAUAUCAACGCCAAGCAUAAAAACAACAAAGUGAACACGACUUUGCAAAAUUUCAUGUACACGAUGUUGAGAGACAGCAAUGCUACAGCUGCCAAGAUAUCUCUGGAUGUAAUGAUAGAGCUCUACAGGAGGAAUAUUUGGAAUGACACUAAAACAGUCAAUGUCAUUACAACAGCAUGCUUUUCAAAAGUGACAAAGAUUCUUGUGGCAGCUUUAAAAUUCUUCUUGGGCAAAGAUGAAGAUGAGAAGAACAGUGAUUCUGAGUCAGAGGAUGAUGGACCAUCUGCAAAAGACCUCAUUUUGAGGUACUCAACAGGAAAAAAGAGUUCAAAAAACAAGAAGAAAAUGGAGAAGGCCUUGAAAGUUCUCAAAAAAAAUAAGAAGAAAAAGCGUGCAGAAGUUUUCAAUUUUUCUGCCAUCCACCUGAUUCACGAUCCGCAGGAUUUUGCUGAGAAACUUUUAAAACAGUUAGAAGAUUCCAAAGAACGGUUUGAGGUGAAGAUAAUGAUGAUGGAGCUCAUUUCAAGGCUAGUCGGAAUUCAUGAGCUUUUCCUUUUCAACUUCUAUCCCUUUGUGCAACGUUUUCUACAACCGCACCAGAGAGAGGUUACCAAGAUUCUUCUGUGCGCUGCUCAAGCCUCUCAUCAGCUGGUGCCUCCAGAGACUAUCCAACCAGUGGUGAUGACAAUCGCAAACAACUUUGUCACAGACAGGAACUCUGGCGAAGUGAUGACUGUGGGCAUCAAUGCCAUCAAGGAGGUGGUGGGCAGGUGCCCCCUUGCUAUGACAGAGGACCUCCUCCAGGACCUUGCACAGUAUAAAAGCCACAAAGACAAGAAUGUCAUGAUGUCGGCACGGGGGCUGAUUCAGCUUUUCAGGACUUUGAAUCCCAACAUGCUGCAUAAACGGGACAGGGGCAAACCGACAGAGACAUUGUGGGUGAGCAAGCCAGUCCUCGUGUGCUUUCAGGCGGACAAGCUCCAGAGCAUACCGGCCGAGGAGAGGAAGGCCAGGGCUGUGGCCAUGAGCACGAGCCGCCUGCUGACUCAGGAGGACUUCCGGAAGAUUCGCCUGGCCCAGCUGGCCAAGGAAGUCAGCUCCGCUCCCGGCAAGAAUCAGAAGAGGAAGAGCGCGGACAGCGAUGAUGAGAGCAGAGGGGAGCUGCUUUCUUUGAGAAAUAUUGAACAUCUGCAUAAGAAACCGAAAUCUGACAAGGAAACCCGGCUAGCAACGGCCAUGGCUGGAAGAACUGACAGGAAAGAGUUUGUUAAAAAGAGAGCAAAGCUAAACCCAUUUGCCAGCACCACCAACAAAGAAAAGAAGAAGAAGAAGAACUUCAUGAUGAUGAGAUACAGCCAGAACAUUCGGACGAAGGGCAAGCGCUCAUUCAGGGAGAAGCAGAUUGCUCUAAGGGAAGCCCUCUUAAAAAAGAAGAAACAGCACAUGAAGUAGCUUCCACAACACCAGGCAACAGAACUGAAAUUAUCCUUCUGCAUGCAAAUCUUCACAGACUGAUGAAAACAGCCUGCAUUCUGGAGUGUCUGUUCUUGUUUAAACUGUUUUUUCUUUGUAUUUCCAUUAUAAAAUUAUCCAGUUUUGUACAAACCAUUUUACAAGCAGGAUUCUGUAUCUAUUAAAAAAAAAAGUUGAAUUUUU